AUGUCAGGAUCCUGCUCGGUUACACGCACUAUGCAUGUAAUUGGUUUCCCUGGAUGGAUGAAUGACCAGCUGAUCUUACACAGCAAAAAAAUGAAGACAUAUGAAUGCUGCCGAGAGAAUGACUUUUCCAUUGUUUUAAAAGUUGCAGAGCUUACUAUUGAUAAUCUAGUCAAUUCUGAGCGCUAUCACUUUAUACCUACCGGAAUGUCAUGGGUUUUGAUUUGCUGGGUCUACCGUCUCAUUGUAAUUGCUUUGUUGCUAAAAUGUCUUUCAGAAAAAAUCAAAAAACGACUUAAGGUCGAAAAAAAGCACUCAAAAAUUUACAGUGGAGGAAAAGCCAUUAAAUUCACAAUGAUAAACAUAAUGAAGAGUCAUACAUUAAGCGUGAGAUAG